UCGGUUAUCUUCUUGCAGUCAUCGCAGGGAACGUAUGCUGGCCAACCCAUGGAGGGGCCAGCCGAAAGUGUGGUUGUCGUAAGAAAAUUUUUCUCUCCCAGCUUGGCGACAUUUUAGAACAUGCCUUAUUUUUCCUACUGGAAAAUGAAUGGUGUACAUUUUGGCGAGAUAUCGCCUUGGCAUUAUUUCCAGUUCUAUUCUGACAACAAAUCACUCUGCUCAUGCUUAUUUAAAUAGCGCGCAUGUUUGAAUUAGCUUCCAAUUUUCACUCUUUGGGCAACCAAGAACGUGUGGGAAAUUUGUUGACUAAUUUAUUUUCUAGGCUCUGAAAAGAAGAGUUCAGAUAAAAGUGAUGGACACAGUUAUCGACGUAGACGAAAGUAAAUCUGCUACUGGAUAUGUUGUAGAAAGUUCGACGGAAAAGUCCGGUUGGGAUGUAUUUCUUAUAAUAUUUUCGUAUAUUUUAAUAAUACUUACAUUCCCACUUUCAAUUUUCUUCUGUUUCUUGGUUAUUUCAGAAUACGAGCGUGCCAUAAUCUUCCGUUUAGGACGUAUUACUAAAGGUGGAGCAAGAGGUCCAGGUUUGAUUUUUGUAUUACCAUGCACGGACAGCUACUUCAGAGUAGACCUUAGAACUCUCUCUUUUGACGUCAAACCACAACAGGUGUUAACCAGGGAUUCUGUCACUGUAUGCGUUGAUGCUGUUGUGUAUUUUCGUGUAAGCAAUCCAAUCACCGCAGUCACCAACGUGGCCAAUUACGUUUCGUCAACUAAGUUGCUCGCAGCUACAACACUGAGGACAGUUCUGGGAACAAAGAGCUUGUCUGAGAUCUUAUCUGAAAGGGAGCAAAUCAGUCAUAUAAUGCAGGUUUGUUUGGACGAAGCUACCGACCCUUGGGGUGUGAAAGUUGAAAGAGUUGAAAUUAAGGACGUAACACUGCCACAACAGAUGCAGAGAGCGAUGGCUGCUGAAGCAGAAGCAACCAGGGAAGCCCGAGCUAAGGUAAUUGCAGCAGAGGGCGAGCAGAAAGCUUCCAGAGCCCUCAAAGAAGCGUCUGAUAUCAUAUCGGACUCACCUGCAGCUUUACAGUUGAGAUACUUGCAGACCUUAAAUACAAUUGCAGCCGAGAAGAACUCUACAGUUGUGUUUCCCUUACCUAUGGAGUUGUUAAGAGGAUGGGGAAUGAAAUAAUGCACAGCAAACACAAAAUAAUUAAUUUUAGAGUUUAUGUUAUUUCAUUCUUUUUGUAAUUUUUUAUAGCGGCGUCAAGUUAAAAAGCGUGUUUAAUACUUUCUCCUUUUUAUGUAAGAUUUUAAUUCUUCGUAACUUUUUGCCUAGCCAUUAGAAAUUUUUAUUAAAAAAAUCAUACUUUGUAUCUGAGAUCAUAAAGUUGAUUGAUUUGAUAUAAUUUGGCAUCUUUCAGAUAUUAGCAUAUGUCCCUGAAGUUGCCUUUUACUAUGUAAAAUCGUAAACUGCUGUUGUAUUUGAAUGUGAUAAAUAUAUGUGACUUUUUUAUAAAACAUCUGCUCUUAGCCAGAAACACUAACUUGCAGUAUCUUAGUUUAGAGAAAAAAAAAAUCAGUUUAAAAUCUGACUUUUGGAACAUGCUAUCUAAACAGUCAUUUUUUUAUACUUCUUUCAGCUUUGGCAUAGUGUAAAACAUUGAAAAACUGUCUAGAAAAUAAUAUUUAGGUGAAACAACGAAACUAGCAGAUUUGUAAUAUUAGCUUUGAACUGAAGAUAUAUAUAUAUAAAUAUAUAUAUAUGCACAUUAAUCAUUUCUGGAAAAAUAACUGCUUUUUGUAUCAUCAUGCUUUUUAUCAUUGACCAAGGAAUAUAAAUAAA